GAUGUCAUGAUUUGGAGAAGUCUGCUUCAGAACGUUCCGGAUCUCAGUGACAACGCGGCCUUGUUGCAGGCUAAAAAGAAAUUCCACUGGGAGCGGAAGGUGUCUCAUUCAUUUGUGGUGGAUGUUCUAGCACAGGCACUACAUGAGUUAUUUGCAUCAAAAGAUGAUUCAAUAUUACUGUAUAUCUUCGAAGAGCCUGCUUGUGUUAUUUUCAGCUGGGAGGGGAGUGUGUCUCGGGGCCAGUUGGACUGCUGUCUGUGCUGAACCCCCGCCCCUUGACACUGAUUGGUCAC